AUGCAACAAAAUAACCAUUCUUCAAAGGAGAGAAGCACUACCUCGACGACUGUGCCAAACAGAAAAGCAGACUCGGAGGACCCGAUUUAUCUGGCAAAAGAACGAUAUAAAAAUGCACUCAAUUCAUUGAUCAACCUUAUCGCCCAAGGAGACAAUGACAGUAUUAUCAAGCUUUUGGAGUUUCUACGGAAGCAAGAGACCAUCCAUGAGGCGGUGCAGGAGGUGUUGCAGUUGAAUUUUCUUCCUGAGUAG